UUUCAGAUCAAUAGAAGUUUAAAAAUGUCCGAGGAGUCAGAAGACGAAGAUUCUAGUCUGAACCUCACUUCUUUCCUCUUCGGAAAUAUUAAUAAGGAUGGUGAACUCUCUGAUACAGAGACCUUUGAAGAAGACAUUGUGAGGAAAUUAAGAGGAUUGGGAUCCCUGUUACAGGAUACGCAGAUGCGUAGCAUAAUUCAGGAAGUAAAAUCUGAAGCUAGUUUGCAACAAGUAGAUGAUCUAGAAGAUGUUGAUGAGAAGGCGGAGGAUGCAGAAGAUUUCUCGAAUAUAUCGGAGGCAAUCUCGGAGUCAGAUGACGAGGAAGACGCAGAGGAAGAAAAGAAGGAUGAGGGAGCUGGAAGCCAGCUUGAUGGGCCCAAAUCUCAAGAUAAUCUGGAUUUCAAUGACGAACCAAUCCCAUCGUCCGGGAGUAAGGAACCCGAAAUGUUUACCAACGAUUCUGCAUUGAUGCCUCCGCCUUGUCAGCCGGUAGAAAAACAGGCAGUAAAAACCAGUAAUCAGUUCAGUGCACCGCUUGCGGCAAUGUUACCAGAGAAAUAUAAGACGGCGCAUAUAAAGGAUUUCUACCCAGAAUUCAGAGAGAAUGCUGUUCUACGAUUUUCAAAACUUUUCCCCAUCAAGGAUUCUCAUAAACCUAGAAUUUGGAAGAGUUUAAAGAAAAGACGUAUUAAAAGAGAGGAGAAGAGUGAAGAAGAACCUCCUAAGAAAAGGAAUCGAGGUUGGGUGUUGAAUAUAGCGCCUCCUCCGGAGGAUCCGAAUAUGUACGAGGAGGACGACCAGGUCAAAUUCAGGAAACCAAUGCAGGUUGUUAAACCUACUCCCCUGAGUCCCCCGAAGGAGGAAGAUGUGAGCAAGAAAGGACCGAAGUCCACGGACUGGAGAUGGGGACCAGCUCAGUAUUGGUAUGAUAUGGUGGAACUACCAGAAGAAGUUGCCUCCUACGACUACGGUCUGAAAACUGCAGAGGAAGCUAAGGCAGAAGCAAUAGAGAGUGAGAAUGUAGUUAAAGAGGAACACCAAGAAGCUCCAGGAACUUCUCAAGGUUCAAGAGAAAGUACUGAAAGUAAACCAACUACAGUGGAAAAUAUAGAAUUUCCAGCGGACGCCUUUCAUAUGGUUACUCAGGUUUCGUGGGAAGAAGAUAUUAUAUGGAAUGGGGAAGAUAUCAAACAUAAGGUUUUGUCGAAGUUGAAUGCUAAAGCUAAUGCUGCUGGUUGGGUGCCGAGUAGUUUAAACAGAACAGCGGUCAGCUUCUCACAGCAGAGACCUGGGGUCAAACCUGAACUGCAGAUUAGGCUGGCGACACUAGGGAAGAAACUGCCCGAGAGGGAAGAUGACGCGUGGUACAGCAUAUUCCCUGUUGAGAAUGAACAGCUUGUGUACGGAAGAUGGGAAGACGAGGUGAUCUGGGAUUCCACAAAUAUGCCAAGGAAACUGCAUCCGAAUAUAGUUAGCCUGGAUCCUAACGAUGAUAAUAUUAUUAUCGCGAUACCAGACGAUAUAGAUCCUGAUACACUCCCAAACGAAGAACCUGCCAGAAAAAUAAAGAUAAUCCAAAAGCACGUGAAGAAGUCGAAACUGUUGCUGAACAGAGCUGGGAUUAUCUCUGUAGUGGAGGAGGAGAGUCCACCCCCUCCCCCUAAACAUGAUGAUAGAGAUCCUUUCUAUAUAGGGAAUGAUGAAUUCUAUCAAGCGAAGGAGCCCGCGUCUUUGAUCAAAGUUGCAACAGGUGGACUACUGUUACAGCACGCUACCCCUAGCGUCCAGCUCACUGCGCCGUUUAUACCAACCCACAUGGGUCCUAUCAAACUUAGACAGUUCCAUAGAUGGCCUCUAAAGCGGUAUUCUCAUGGACCCCUCAGUCAAUACCUGGCGUUCCAUGGUGUGCAGAGUUUAUACAAACACCAGCGAAAGAUGGAGAAAUGGCGGACAGCAGAGCGAGAGGAGGCGGGUGGCGGAGACAUAUUCUUGAUGAGGGAGGCGAAGGAUCUGUCGGGAAAAGACGGAGAUAUCAUCCUGACCGAAUAUAUUGAGGAGUUUAUGCCGCUCAUGGGAUUUGUCGGGAUGUCGAGUAAAAUUAAGAAUUAUUACAAACGGAAACCAGAAAAUGAUAAAGGACCAAAAGAGUUAAAGUAUGGUGAGCUGACCUACGCGCAUACUUCACCAUUCCUUGGUACCAUGCACCCGGGGCAAACUAUACAAGCACUGGAGAACAAUAUGUACCGCUGUCCCAUCUACCAACAUAAAUUCCCUAAAACUGAUUUUCUCAUUAUUAGAACAAGGAAUGAGUUUUCUAUCCGUGAAGUAAACGCUUUCUAUGUGACCGGGCAAGAGUGUCCGCUGUAUGAAGUACCAGGACCGAACUCUAAGCGGGCAAAUAACUUCAUCAGGGAUUUCUUACAGGUUUUCAUCUACCGCUUGUUUUGGAAAUCCAGGGACUCUCCAAAGAGAAUCAAAAUGGACGAUAUCAAAAAAGCGUUCCCGGCCCACAGUGAAUCAUCAAUCAGGAAACGGUUGAAGCCUUGUGCCGAGUUUCACAGAACAGGUCCUGAUUCCAACUGGUGGGUUAUGAAGCCUGGAUUCCGUCUCCCUACAGAGGAGGAGAUCAGGGAGAUGGUGGACCCGGAGCAAACAUGUGCUUUCUACAGUAUGAUUUCUGCAGAACAGAGACUUAAGGAUGCAGGGUAUGGAGACAAGUUUAUUCUGGCGCAGGAGGAUGAUGAGAAUGAUAAUAUUGAAAUGAAAAUGGACGAUGAAAUAAAAUGCGCCCCCUGGAACACGUCACGAGCUUAUGUUCAGGCAAUGAAGGGUAAAUGCCUGCUACAACUGACCGGAGCAGCUGACCCUACUGGUCCUGCUAAAGAAGGAUUCAGCUACGUCAAGAUACCAAACAAACCAACAAAUAAGGAGGAACAGGAAGCUCAACCAAAGCGUACGGUUACUGGAACUGACGCAGAUUUGCGUAAACUUCCGUUAAAGGAUGCUAAAGCUAUUUUGCGUAAAAAUGGGGUUCCAGAGGAAGAGAUUAAGAAACUCUCUAGAUGGGAGGUCAUUGACGUUGUAAGAACCUUGAGCACGGAGAAGGUGAAAGCAGGAGAAGAAGGAGCAGACUCAUUCAAGUUCUCUAGAGGAAACCGGUUUAGUAUUGCUGAACACCAGGAGAGGUAUAGAGAGGAUUGUCAACGAAUAUUUGAGGUUCAAAACAAGGUUUUGGCCUCCGAUGAGGUAUUAUCCUCUGACGAGGACGUGACGAGUAGUGAGGAGGAAGAAGAGGAGGACGACCUGGACGAGAUGGGGAAGAAUAUUGAAAACAUGCUGAGUAACAAGAAGACGAGCAAGCAAUACAUGACGGAGAGGGAGGAGAUCGAGCGCAGGAAACUACAGAAGGUGAUGAUGGAGAACAGGUUGGAGGAGAAGAAGAAGAAGAAGGAUGAUGAUGAGAGACCUGAUGAUGAUCUUAGUCCAGGAGCAUCACAGGUUCUCCGUAUAACCAGAACCUUUAAGAAUUCUCAGGGUAAAGAGUAUACCAGGACGGAAUUAGUCCGUAAAUCUCUGGUGAUAGAAACCUAUGUUAAAGUCCGGAACACCAAGGACGAUGCCUUCAUUCGUCAGUUCGCAACCAUGGACGAUCAAGUUAAAGAGGAGAUGAAGAAAGAGAAAAGAAGAUUACAGGAACAACUAAGGCGCGUGAAGAGGAACCAGGAAAGAGAGAAACAGGGUCUCAAUAAGUCGGCCAGUAGCAGGAAAGAGAAAAUUAAACCUGACUUGAAGCUGAAGUGCGGAGCCUGCGGUCAGACCGGUCAUAUGAGAACUAAUAAAACAUGUCCCAAGUUCACUGGGGAGGAAGGGUUCUCGAUGGAUGGAGAUAAUGAUGAGAGCAGAGAUAGAAGAAUGAUGGAUGAGAGUUUACUAGGAUCAGAGGAUCUUGUCACCUCAGAGGGAACAAAGAUCAAGAUCAGUGAAAAGGUUAUGAAAGCUGCAGAGGAAAUCAGACGCAGGGAUCUUCAACUCAAAUUGCCCAGAGAUGUACACAAGGCUGGUAAGAGAAAGAGGGCGGGAACUGGGAAGCAUUGUGACUACCUGGAUAAACGUGAAUACGGUCCAGUCAAGAGAAGGAGAACAGACCCUGUCAUUUCAUUCUCAUCCAUACUAGAACAGUUACUGGUAGAUAUCAGGUUAAUGCCUGAGAGCCAAGCGUUCCUGUACCCUGUUCCUGUCAAGAAUGUUCCUGAUUACCAGGAAAAGAUUAAGUUCCCAAUGGAUCUUCAAACAAUCAAGGAUAAUGUGCAGAACCGUAAGUAUCACAGUAGAGAGGAGUUCCUAGGUGAUGUUAAGCAGAUCUAUGAAAAUUCCUCUACAUAUAACGGGGAAACAAGCAUAAUAACUAUCAACUCAAAGGUUGUUCUGGAACGAGUUGUUCAGAAGUUUCAGGAGAAGGAUGAUUAUCUGAUGAGACUUGAGAAGCAAAUCAAUCCUCUUCUUGAUGACGACGAUCUGACCGCCCUCACUUACAUAUUCUCAGAGAUUAUGGAGAAAAAUAUCAAAACUAUGCAGGAAUCCUGGCCCUUCAUGAAACCAGUUAACAAGAAAGCAGUGAAGGACUACUAUGAUAUUGUUAAGCAACCGAUGGAUUUAGAGACGAUGACCAUUAAAAUCAGAACAAGGAAAUAUUAUUCAAGGGAGGCAUUCUUGUAUGACAUGGAGUUGAUUUAUCAGAACUCAAGAAUAUUUAAUGGAGAAACUAACGAGUAUACUCUCAAAGCGAAGAAACUAUUUGAAACUGUUGAAGCAACUCUAGGCUUAUAUCAGGACCACUGUGGACACCUGGAGAGCAAGAUUCGUGAGACCCAGCAGCGAGCAAUGGAUCAGGCGGAGAUGGAUUCCCUAGGGACAUCUCUCGGCGGAGAGGCGGAGGACACUGACCGGAAGAAGAUGAGGAAGAAGAAACCCGAAGGACAACUUGAGGAUGAUCUUGAGUACAGUUCAGAUGAAGAAGAGGAUUGGGAUGAGGUUGAGGAUUCUACUAGCCAAGGGUUCAGUGUUACUGUUGAUCCAAAUGCAACAGAGUUACCUGGAGGUAUAGUUGUAAAAACAGAUCCUGGUUUACUGGGUGAGGAUGUGAUGGUGAAAUCUGAACCUGUUGAUUUACAAGAUUUUUACGCAAAUCAGCUGCAGGGCGGACCAGUCUUCAAUAUCCAGACUGGUCAAGAUGGUCAGUUCUAUGCUGAAGCCUUCCAGCAACCACAGGGAUUCCAAGCUGGGUUCCAGAACCUGUCUGAUUAUCAGAUGCAAUAUCAAGCAUCAGAGCCUGUUAUAGAUGAAAACUACGAUCCGACAGAUUUCCUUCAGGGAUUGGGUGCUAGCGGAGAGGAUAUAUCCGGAGUAGUAGUUCCAAGUUUACCACAAAAUGGAGAACAAAACCUACAGGACGAUUUAGCAGUUAGUGAUGAUAGUGAGGAGGAAACUGACGAGAAAAAUACAAGCCAAGAUGACGUCAUGGAUUUCUAGAAAAAUACAAGCCAAGAUGACGUAAUGGCUUUCUAGAAAAUACAAGCCAAUAUGACGUCAUGAAUUUCUAGAAAAAUAUAAGCCAAGAUGACGUCAUGGCUUUCUAGAAAAAUGCUAGCCAAGAUGACGUCAUGGCUUUCUAGAAAAAUACCAGCCAAGAUGACGUCAUGGCGUUCUAGGAAAAUGCUAGCAAAGCUGACGUAAUGGCUUUCUAGAAAAAUACAAGCCAAAAUGACGUCAUGGCUUUCUAGAAAAAUACCAGCCAAGAUGACGUCGUGGCUUUCUAGAAAAAUAUCAGUAAAGAUGACGUCAUGGCUUUCUAGAAAAAUAAUUUACUGAUUUGUCCAGGGG